AUGUCACAGCAUUGGCAUGAAGAGCUUGAGACCUUCCAGCUUUUCUUCAGGGAGCUCUUCAUGCUCCAGAAUAUCUACUGUGUUCGUGUGGAUUCCUUCAAGGAGCCAUUUCCCUUCCAGCAGGCAGUCUGCUUUCUCAGUGCCUGCCUUGUUUCCAGGCAAAGAGGGUGGUCUGGGGCAGCAUCUCUCCUGUGGACUGACCUCCACUGCCUGGGAGACCUGCGGCCUUGGCCUUAGCCUGGUGCUACCUUCUCAACUUGUGGUCAGGACCUCUCCUUGAAGAACAGCAGGGAGACCAUCCACCUGCUAAAGGGCCUUGAGGGCAACAACAUCACACCAGUGCUGCCACCUCCCCACAUCACCACCUGCACCAAAUACGUGCACAGGGAGCAAUUUUACUCUUUCUUUUCUUUCAUGCCGUGGACAUUAGUGUUCAAGACACCCCCACCACAAAACCUGAUCAUCUAUUUUGGCUCUGUGUAUGUGGCUGUCACCUGGCUCUUUCUUCAGAUGUCCCAGGAUACAUGGCCAACACAUGAUGGGGAGGUGGAAGUGGUGAAGUGGAUUGAUAUGGAAGAGAGUCAUGGAGGUUGUCAUGGUAAUGUGUGCAUUUUUCUCCAUUUUUUCUUCUAG